GAACUGCGCCUCAGAUAUUGUUUUGGGGACAAUGUUGGGUGAAAUAUUAUGUUGCUGUGAGAUUUCAGCUUCGUCCACUAUAUGAUGUUUGGGGAAAUUAUGGGUGAAAUAUUAUGGUGUUGUUAGAAUUCAGCAUCGUCCAGGAUAUGAUGAGAUUUUUGAAAAAAUUUGGUGUGAAAUAUUUUUUUUGCCUUCUCGGUUAAUUAUUUUUGUAUUUUAAAUCAAAAUAAUAGUUAUGGAACAAAUAAACCAGUCUACUGGUUUAUGAGCACGAAAUCGAGAAAAACCCUUGAAAAAAUAAUUUAACAAAAAUUUUGCAAUCUUAUUGAGGUCCGAUUGUAGACUAAACUGAGUGGUGCUGAUCGAGUCCUCUAAUCGACUUUCCUCUCCCAGGGAUAAAUUUGUAAAUCCUAUUUUAUAAACAUACCGGUAGUUCAAUAAUUAUGUUUUACUGGCAUGGAAUUACAAUUGUGCAUAACAGAAAAUAGCUCCACUGAUGAAGAGAAAGCGAGAAACCAAACCAAAAGAAAUCAAACAAGCCCAUAUUUUCGAAAGAGAAAAAGAAUAUUAACAACUCAGCCGAUAACCAAAAAAUUGCUGUGGAUUCCUCCCAAGUCUCCAUUUAAUCUUAUUCAAGAAACAUUAUUUCAUGACCCAUGGAAAUUGCUUGUCGCAACUAUUUUUCUGAAUAAGACAAGUGGAAAAGUGGCCAUUCCCGUUAUGUGGGAGUUUUUUGAGCGAUAUCCUUCUGCUGCAAUUACUGAAAAAGAAAACUACAAAAUUGCAUCAAUAAUGCAGCCAUUAGGCUUACACAAUUUAAGAGCGAAAACCAUAAUUACUUUCUCUAAAGAAUACCUAAGAAAGAAUUGGAGGUAUCCAAAUGAACUUUAUGGGAUUGGCAAAUAUGGCAAUGAUUCUUAUCGUAUCUUCUGUGUUAAUGAAUGGAAACACGUUAAACCUCGAGAUCACAAAUUGAAUCUUUAUCAUGAUUGGCUGAAGUCCCAAAUGUUAUGAACAUGUUUGUUUUCAUAUUUUAAACCUAUGUAGUGUAAUUAGAAAUUAAGUUAUAUUAAAAAAACAUGAAAAGGAUUCAUGUAUUUUGUCAGGGUUGAUGUGGGAAUUAAGUGAUGAGUAAGGUAUAGACUUUUUUCUCACUUUUCACUGCCCUAUAAGCAUUCAUUAUUAUAUUUUUGCUGUUUCAUGUUCUCGAUUUAUUGAGAAACUUUCUAUAUUGUUGUCAAGCUGCCUCAAAAAUGAUUAUUUUCUGUUUCUUUAUUCGUUAGUAGUGACUUAUAUAAGUGCAAUCUUCCUGAUUUUUCACA